AUGGAGGGGAGCAUGUCAAUGCAAUCUCUCUCGGCUCCGAAGGAGGACUCGCAAGAUGACUCGGGUGAGAGCAUCCGGGUUCACGUCCGCGUGCGGCCACCAACCGAGCGCGAGAUUGCAGUUGGGAGCGCGCAGGCAGUCUUUGUGGACAAAAGCUCUGUCAUCAUCAAGUCUGACCCGCCCAGGAGCUUCGCUUUCGAUGGUGUUCUUGGAGAGUCCUCCACCCAGCAGGACGUUUUCGAAUCUCUGGGAAGGAUGGUUGGCUCCAGCUGCCUAGCCGGCUACAAUGGGAGUGUUUACGUUUACGGACAAACGGGGGCUGGCAAGACGCAUACAAUGUGUGGUCCAAUAACAUCUGUGCAGUCCAUGCAGUUCGACGAGCGCCGCGGCAUCAUCUGCCGAAUGCUCGAUUACGUGUUCUCUGAGGUUGCAAGAAGAGGGACGGAAGACCCAGGGGUCGAGCAUUCCUGCAGAUGCUCCUUCCUCGAGAUCUACAAGGAACAGGUCACAGACCUCCUGGAGCCGGCCAACACCAACUUGCAAGUGCGGGAGGACAUGAACCGCGGGGUGUACGUGGAGAGGCUGAGUGAAGUCACUGUGGGUUCUCUGACAGAAGCCUUUCAGGCACUUUGGCGUGGGUUGCAGCAACGGCAAGUUGGCUCUACCCACAUGAACGAACGCAGCUCAAGGUCUCAUGCAGUGUUCACGCUCUAUGUCGAGGCAGCACGCACACGGGCGGGGGUCACCUCCACACGCGUAGCAAGCUUGAGCAUGGUGGACCUGGCAGGUUCGGAACGUCAGCAGCAUCUUGGUGACCCUGGGACGAGCAUGGUCCAGCCAUACGAAGCUUUGCGGGUCAGAGAAGCCGGUGCCAUCAACAAGAGUCUGAGUGCGCUGACAAACGUGAUCAUGUCAUUGUCCAGGGAGGAGAGGUCACGUAAACGAACUGGCGACGGCCGGCGAAGCAACUAUGUCCAUUACAGAGACAGCAAGCUGACUUUUCUUCUGCGCGAUUCUUUGGGCGGAAACUCGAAGACGGUUCUCGUCGCAAACGUCUCGCCUUCGCAGCUGUGCCUCUCCGAGACCUUGUCCACGUUGAAAUUUGCGGCGCGUGCAAAGCACAUUCGCUGCACCGUGGUCCGAAACGAGGCCUUUAGUGGCACGGUGGAAAGCCUGAUGGAAGAGGUGCAGAUACUGCGGAACAAGUUGGCUCAGCUGAGUGGCCGGAGCUUUGACAGAACGCCUGUUCAGUCACAGCUCAUGUCGCCUGGGAGCAUCUCUGAGGGUGUCGAGGAUGAGCCUGAAGCAGAAGACGUGGGUUUCCGAGAUGCGGCGAACAACGACCUCGAGGAGCAGAGCCUCAGCGACCGGCAGCGGAUCGCUCGCUUGGAGGUGCUGCUCUCGGCGGCCUUGGAGCGCGAGGCCUCGGCGGAGCAGCGGCGCUUUCGCCUCAAACGCCUGGCCAACUUCCUCGAGGACUUGGAUUUCCGCAAGUGCCACCGAUUGCGCAAGCUGCAUGCGGAGUAUGUCUCUCAACUGGCCCCGCAGGUGGAGGGUUCGGCCAUUGCAGACGACAUGGAAGUCCGGGAGUUGUCUGCGAAACUGAAGAGCUUCGGCCACCACCUGGCAAACCUCACGCGAGGUGCUCGACUGGAGGAUGGGGACUACGGCUACGGUGUCGGAAUGGACUCGGAUGCACAGUCUACA